GGUCACUGUUGAAUAACAUAUAUGUAUAUGACAGCUGUCAUCUGAGUAUCAUCAAGACCUGUCUAUCAGUCAAUCAACCGCAAAGAAAAGGUGCAUCCAUAACUACACACAAACACCAUGGCCGAAUCACUAGCAGCAUUCCGCGACCGCCAGUCCAAAGACCUGCAGAAAUUGGCCGAGGAGCACUUGCAGCAUGACCUCCAACAGCAAGAUCGCGACACGCUCAAAAGUGCGGCCGGAAAGGUGACAAGAAACGCAACCAUCGGAUCAGCACUAGGCCUUGGUCUUGGCAUCUACACAGCAUUCCGUCUACGGGCAAUGCGGCUGGCUUACUUCAAAGCGUUCCGGGCCAUGGAGAAGCCUGUAGAAGUGCGUUUUGCCGAUGGGCGCACCGAGAAGAUUCCCGACAUCACGGCGCAAGUCAGCGGUCCGUCGCGCUGGGGCGAUGCAGCGGCUUACUUCUUCUUCUCCAUCGGCGGCUUGUUUCUUGGUGGUGAGCUAGGGCUACUGACAGGAACGGCGAGCGCAUCAAGGGCUAUUACGAAGGACCCAGAGAGUAGGGCGAGGAUUGAAAAGGCAUUCAAGAAUUACCGAAUCGAUGUGCUGCAGAGGGAGAUUGAGGCGCUACGAGGCAAGAGUAGGUUUGAGGAGUUUUUCCGCAAUGGAGGGGCUAGCGUGUGAGAGUGAACAACUGAGGAGGCCUUAUGAAUAGCGAAUUGAAUUAUAUUGAUGUAUGUUACGCGUACAUAUGCCCUGUUGAGGAUUGAAUGUGGAGAUAUUGACCGCAACUCAGCCACGCUAGCCACAUUACCCCGAGUGAGACACAGCCACAGCCAC